AGGACACUAGUCUGUAAGCGUGUGUACUCCUGAACAUCGGUUGUCGCAGUUGUCACGCGUUUCCAGCGAAGUUUGCGUCAUGUCGGUGGACGAAUUUGUUGGCCGCAAAUACAAGCUCGACAAGAGCGAGAAUUUUGAUGAAUUUUUGAAAGCGCUUGGGGCGGGCAUGUUGGCUCGCAAGAUGGCCGGCGCAGUUAGCCCCGUCGUGGAGCUGACAAAGGAGGGAGACACCUACACGUUCAAGUCUGCGUCGGCGUUCAGGACCAUGCUCAUCACCUUCAAACUCGAUGAGGAGUUCGUGGAGGAGACUCCGGACGGCCGCAAAGUGAAUUCGACCAUCACCCAGGAAGGCAACAAGCUGCACCACAUCCAGAAGGGCGAGAAGACCACCACCACUGUGCGGGAGUUCUCAGACGAAGAGCUGAAGAUGACCAUGACAGUGGACGACAUUGUGUGUACGAGAAUUUACAAAGCAAUAUAAGACUGCAGCUUUCAUCACUGAAGACAAUUAUUUCAAUUUUUUAAAGCGAAUUGUCAAGAAAUUGUAAGAAUUUAGAUUCUGUACCCUGUGAUACAGUUUCAUAACGGCUUAUUUGAUAAUUUCUGUUUAGAAUGAACUUGUCAGACCGUUUAUUAGCAUGUACAUGUAUUCCAGUUUUUUAUAUUUUUAUAUUGCAAGUUGAAGGUUUCAUUCUGAACAGAUCUUGAUAUCUCUAAAAUGUUUUUGUAUUUUACAUUUGGUAUAAUUGUUACAUGUAUUUAAGUCAAUGUUUUCUUAAAAUUCGAACAUAAUGCUGAAUUUACUGUGUAUUAAUAAAAUUAUUUCACAUAAAA